GACACAUAUGAGUUCUAGAAGAAAUUGUAUGUAUAACUAUGUAGAGGCUAGUAAUAAGGUAGAAAUAUUUUGCGCGGAUGGAGGUAAGGUAUAUGGUGAAGGUUUUGGUGUGAUGACGAAUGAGUCAUUAAAUAUUACUAUUGGAGGUGUAAUGUAUGUACCAAAGCUUGAAUCAAACCUAUUGAGUGUAAGUAGACUGGUCAAAAGCGACAAGGUUGUUGUUUUCUCAGAGAAUGGCUGUAAUAUCUAUAAUAAGAAUGAAUGUAUUGUGAAAGGUAAGAUUUGGUUGGAAGGUGUGCUUGAUAGAGGUGUAUACAAACUAAAAUCUUCUUCACAGGAAAGUGCAUUAGCGACUACACAAAGCGGAGGCUUGGAGCUAUGGCACAAAAGGUUAGCGCAUUUAGGAGUACGUAACCUUAAAUUGCUAAGAGAUAAAAUGGCAACAGGGAAAAACAAACUGGUAAAAAGUUAAAGGUCUUGAGAACAGACAAUGGAAGAGAAUAUGUAAAUAAUCAAGUAGACGAGUAUCUAAGGGAACAUGGCAUUAAGCGUCAACUCUCGAAUGCGUACACACCUGAGCAAAACGGAGUUGCCGAACGUGCAAAUCGCACUAUAGCAGAGAAGGCACGUGCGAUGCUACAAGAAGCAGGUCUCCCUACUCGUUUAUGGGCAGAAGCGGUGAAUACUGCAGUCUAUUUGAAGAAUAGAAGUCCAACAGUUGCAGUUAGAAAUAAGACACCUGAAGAGGUAUGGACUGGCAGAAAAAUUAACCUAAACCACCUAAGAAUUUUCGGAUGUAGGGCGUUUGCACAUAUCCCAGAUGUCAAAAGGACAAAAUGGCUUCCUAAAAGCAAAGAAGUUAUUUUUGUUGGAUAUUCCGAAGAAUCAAAGGGAUAUAAAUUAUUCGACCCCUCAACAGAAAAUUGUUACGGAUCUAGAGAUGUCAUAUUUUUUGAAAACCAGUAUUACCGCAUAAACGAUGAAAACAAAGAACAAAAGUAUACAACCGUCAACCUUGAUAAUGUUUCAGA